AUGAAUCUUAGUAGAACCGCAACCAAAUUACAAGGACUUUCAAUUAGAUAUUAUAGUUCAUCAAGUAAACCAGUUUAUAUGAGUUAUAAUCCAGUACAUAGAAGCCCAGUUUUAGAAAAGGGAAAAUCAACAACAACAACAACAACAACCAAGAAAUCCUCUGUUGGUCCAAAUCCAGUCUCUUCUAGUAGCAAUAGUCAACAAGUGAAAACAUUUGGUGCUCCAAAGACUGACCAAUCAUUACCAACUCAUCAAGUUAGAUCUGCUUCAUCAACCUAUCUUGUUGUUGAUGAUGCAUAG